UAUUCUUUGCAGGUCAUAUGGCUCGUAAGAAGCAAAAGAGAUCGGCAGGCAUGUCCCAACAGCCUACUUAUGAUGCUUUUAGGUUCGAAUCCGAAGUGGCAGAGGACGACUUUCAUGCCAAGGCCUCAAAAAGCUUCAUCCCUGAAAUACCGAUUGACAGGGCAGCCCUCCGUGCAGAAAAGGAGGAGAUGUAUGAGGAAAUCCGGCGGAGGGAAAUGGAGUUCUUAUUUGAUGAACCUGAAACGGUGAACAGGAUGCUUGUACGGGAGUUCUAUGCGAACUGCCCAGCUCAUAUGCUGCGGGAGGUGACUGUGCGAGGCACAUGGGUAGAUGCCUCAGUGGAAACUAUUCGACAGGGGGGCAACCAAUCUGGAUACGUGACCACAUCACCAUGA